AGCAGAGUAGGCAGAGAACAGCGAAAAAGUGUUUUGUGAUUGUGGAAAAAAUUCAAUUCAAUGUAUGCAGGCGAUGCAUUUAGUGUGUAAACGCACCAAGGAGAUGUGGGACUCUGCCACAAGCACCACCGGAUCAGCCUGUCGCCUGCCAGUCGUCAUCCUGUGCUGAUUCGGGCGAGUGUUUUCAGGGCUCUUAUUGAUUUUUACGGUUUCUCCGACUGAUACGCAUUUCGCUGCAUACCCCAAAUCUCCCAUUGAAACUGCGUCGCAGCAGGGACGACUAGUAUGCCGUCUGUGUGUUAGCCGGACGAGGAACAAAACAGCAGCCAGCGGAGCCAUGGGCGGCUCCGUUAGCCAGGUAUUUCGCUCCGGAUCGGCGCUUCUCUCGCAUCGCGAUGGCAAACUGUCGAAGGCCACCGAGGAAACCAUCCAGACGCUGUUCGACAUUCUGCGCGCCAACCCAAAGGUGUCGCUGCAGACGCUCGAGAGCCUGCUCAUCCAGAUACCCAAGAACGAGAACAUCCUGGCCAUGCACGACGACUACGGCUACAAUAUACUGCAGCGCAGCGUUGGUCUCAAUCACAUAGAUCUCACCAAGUGGCUCUUACAUCGUCACCGGCCCGAUGUGAACAGGUCGCCGUGCUCCCUGCCGCUGCACAUUGCCACCCUGCGCGGCUAUGAGGAGUGCGUGGAACUGCUCCUCCGUCACGGGGCCCGCAUUGACGUGGACACGCGAAUGUGUUUUCCUGGCGCCCACACACGCAACUGCGAGGAGAGCGGCAAGUGGCACAACAAUGUGGACGAUGUCAGCGAACGGCUCAACACGAAGCUGCAAAAUGCCCUCUACUAUGCCAUCGAUGGGGAUCAGUAUAAUGUGUUAAGCCUGCUUACCCAGAAGAUGGAGGAGCCGUGGAUUCCCUUUAGGGUGAAGAAGCCGCUGCUGCACCUGGCCUGCGAGCGCGGUGCCUGGAACUGUGUUCAGCAGCUGGUUGUCACGAGGUCGGAGGAGAUCAAUCUCAUCAUGGACGAGUAUUAUCCCAUACACCAUGCAGUCCUGCAUGAUGGACGCUUCCUAGAGCUGCUCAUCCAUCAGGGCGCUGUCACCACUGUGAGGACUUGCACUCAACAGAUGACCCUGCUGCAUGUGGUUAUCUUUGCCGCUCGCAAAUCGGCCGAGGACACUUUGGCCACCCUUCGAAUUCUGCUGGAGCGUGGCUGCAAGGAGCUAAUCAAUGCACCGGACUCGCUGGGCAAUACCCCACUGCAUGCCUUGAUUGUACGUUAUGCUCUAGAGGAGGCCCGCUAUGGCUACGACAAGUGGAGCAAAUGGGAUGUGCUGCAUCUGGUGCGAUUCCUGCUGCAGAAUGGAGCCAAGCAGUCCAUCAAUCAGGCGGGUAACAGUGCCAUGGCCUGCGUGUUUCGCCAUCUGCGUGACUGGGAGGUCUGCUACGAGCUCCUUAACAUGCUCAUCAAGGAGGAUGGCGAUCCCAACAUCGUGGGACGGGAUGGAUCCGUACCCAUAAUGGUGCUGCUAGUGCCGCUCAUCAACAAGGAUCACCUACAUCACUUUACGCACUCCAUGAAGGUUUGCUAUCUGAACUGCAUACGCAUGCUGCUUCAGCAUGGAGCCAAUCCCAAUUGCUCCUAUCGCGCCAACCUCAAGCCGCUUCACGUGCUCGUGUUUACAGUGAGCGAGAAUUUUACCUUGAAUUGCGAUGCCCAGAAGCGCAUCAACUUCGACUUCAUCAAGAACAUAUUGCUGCUGCUGCUGCAGCACGGCCUGGACUGCAACAAGACAUAUCAGCACAUUCUGCAGGCGGUGAUGGAUAUGGUGCAUAAUGUGCGCACCUGCCACGACAUGGAGUGCGUCUACGAACUGACGCUGACGCUCAUCCAGUAUGGGGCCGAUCCCAAUAUCGUUUUAAUCGGCAAAUCAACGCCGGGCAUUGCCAUCUUCUCCAGCGAGCUGGCCACAUUCCGCAGCUCGUUUCGAACCAACUCGUGCUACCUGCUCUUCUACUACAUCAUCCUAAUAACCAAGAAGGAGUUCAUUCUGGCGGAUCCUCUGGCGAUAUACACCCGAGUCAUUCAUUUGUUCUACCUGACCAUGGAUCACGAGCCGCUUUUCAAUUGCCUGAAGUCACUGCACAAUUUCUAUGUGGCCCAGGUGCCCAGCAAGAAGACAGAGCAGCUGAUAGCCUUGAUCUCGUCCCUUUACCGGAGGCCGCGCAGUCUGAAGGAGCUCUCCCGAUGGACCAUCUACGAGGCGAUGAACCGCAAGCUGGCGCAGAACAUCAAUCGAUUGAACCUGCCGGGACAACUCAAGGAAUAUGUACUGCAGUUCGAGAGGUAGCGGGUGGAAGAGACGGACCAAUGAAUCCCAAUGAAUCCGCGAACUAGAGUCAAUCAAUCCACUUACCAGCUGUUGCCCCCCCAAGGCUAUGUACUGUUUAAUAUGCAUAUUCACCUUAUUCGGGCCAGUUCCGGGGGGCAACAGUAACGAGGAAUUUACUAUUGUUAUUCAGCUUCAAUCAACACACACAGACACAAUUUUUUGAAAUUUGCUUAUACACUUUAACCCAGGAUUUCCCCUUAAAAGAGACUAGACUCUCUCACUCUCUCGAGGUUUUUGCGCCAUUGUUCAAGGAGAGACUAAAUCUUUUAAAAGUGAAGCUUGGGCUUUGAGUGAUACAAGAACCAACCUUGCAAGCUCUGAUUUAAAUACCUUUUUCUUUGAAUCCGCUUUACAUAUUUUAUCCCAAAGAUUGUUGCUGAUUUCAAACCGAAGAAACGACGAG